AUGAAAAGAGAGGAUAUUUGUUCGCUUCCACCAGUGGUUGGAUCAUGCAGAGCCCUCUUUUCUCGUUACUAUUACAAUCCAACAAGCGGUCAAUGUGAAACAUUCUCUUAUGGAGGAUGUGAUGGAAAUGGGAACAAUUUCAAGAGGCCGACCGAAUGUGAAGAUGCCUGUGUUAAGAAAACCGCUGCUGAUUGUGCAUUGCCACGAGAAGUCGGAUCAUGCAGAGCUCUCCUAUCUCGUUUCUUUUACAAUUCCGAGACAAAGAAAGGACGAGCUGAAAUCCAUCGUCAACUCUUUGCUUUGGCCGGUGUCCCCUAUGUUGAUAAACGGAUCAAGCCCGAAGAUUGGCCAACAUUGAAGCCAACAACCCCAUUCGGCCAGCUUCCUUUGUUGGAAGUCGAUGGAAAACCCAUUCCCCAAUCAAUGGCAAUCGCUCGUUUUUUGGCUAAGCGAUUCGGUUUUGCUGGUGCCAACGAUCUUGAGGAGGCUCAAAUCGAUGCUCUCGUCGAUUUGUUGAAUGACUAUAUGACUGAGCAAAAGCACUUCUUUGGGGUGCUUGUCGGACGAGUGCCUGGAGAUAAGGCAGCCGCCACCAAAGAGCUCUUUGAACCAGCCAGAGACAAGUACUUUCCACUUGUCAUCGAGAAAUACCUGAAGAAGAGCAAGAGCGGAUUUCUGGUUGGCUCAAAAGUCUCAUGGGUUGACUUGCAUCUCGCCGGCCACAUCACCACCUAUCAACAGCUCAUCCCGGGAGCUUUUGACAAGUAUCCAGAGGUGAUUGCCCAUCGAGACCGAGUCGAGGCUCUGCCUGCAAUCAAAGAAUGGAUCGCUAAACGGCCAAAGAGCAGCUAC